UUGUGAAAGUUCAGAAUAGGAUCAUAUCGAUAUGAAAUCUAAGACUAGAUGCUGGUCUAUGGAAUUUACCAGGCAUUGGCCAGGAGCAGAGGAUACCCCAGAGUAACAUGGAUAUGAUGUCUGUCCUCAUGGCACAUGUGGAUUAGUGCAGUAGAGAGACAUUAACCUCCUUAUGGUAAUUACAGAUGUGAUGGACAUCAAAGUAGAAGAGUUGCGAGUCUUGGGAAUGCCAGAGGUCAGCCACUAAACAAUAUUUGCAAAGGCCCUGAGCUGGGAAGGGAUUUGGUAGCUCAGGGCAGUGCUUCUGUAACUUGAAUGUGCACAGGAACCAUCUCAGACUUGUUAAAAUGCCAAGUCCUGAUUUAGUAGGUCUGGCGUGGGACUUGGGAUUCUGCAUUACUAACCACCUCCUGGGUGAGGCAGAUGCUGCUGAUGGGUGGAUCACACUUGGCAGAGCAAGGCCUAAUUGAGUGCUUAGUAAGCACCUGAAGCUGGGGACCAUGGCGAGCAGGAAGUGGCAGGUGGCUUGUUGUGACUUCAUAGUCAUAAUUCUCUGUCUUGGCUGCCUUUUAGAUUCACCUGGGAUGCAAGUGCCUUGCCCUGGUGCAUUUUUAUUUAAUUGGUCUUGGGUAGGACCUGAGAAUGUUUAUAUGUAUUUUAAUUCCCUGGGUGAUAGUAAUGUGAAGUCAGGGUUGAGAACCACUACACUGGAAAGAGGCAGAGGACAGAGUCAAGGGUCCUAUAUGGAUUUUGUUUUGAAGAUAGAGCUAAGCCAUUGAAGGAUUUUAAGCAGAAAAGUGAUUUGCAAUUGUAAAAGUUCACUGUGGUCUCAUUCUAGAGCAGUAGUUUUCACAAUGAGGUAGAAAAGAUGAUUUCAUCAGAGUGCUGUAAGAAAAUUUAGAACUUUUUGUUGUUUUUAUUUUUAAAAAUAGGAUAAAACAUUUAUUUAGGGAUUGUCACUAGCAUCUUCUUGGGUGUGUAGGUCACACAGUGUUAAUAUGGUAAGUAUGGAAUUUUGAGUUUCCUGAAGGAAGAAAGGUAAUUCUGCAGUGAGCUGAGCCAUAUUCAUCCAUUCAGUGGAUUGUAACAUGUUAUUAAUAGUUUACAUUAUCCAGUUUUCACUAAACUGAGCUUUUUAAAAUGGACCUGCAGGGAAAGCAGCGAUUGAAGAAAAUACUUACAAUGCAGAAGCAAACAUACAAGAUGGCAGAGUGGACACUUACCCUACUUCUAUUUUGAACUAUGGUGAAGGUUUUUAAGUGGCUUGUUAAAGCCAACUCACUAAUGAAAUGAAAGUAUGAAAUUAUGUGCUCUUUAAAAAAAUUUGUGGAUUCUGAAGGUGGAUUGCCUGGAUUCAGAUCUCAUCUCUGUUACUUGUUAGGUAGAACAGCAACAAAAAGGUAUUUAUGGAAUUCAAAUGAGUGGUGAUGGAUGAUGUAGUUCGAAUAGCUAAGGUCAGCAUGGACUCCUGGUUCAUUCUUGUUCUGCUCGGCAGUAGUAUAAUAUGUGUCAGUGCCAACAAUGCUACCACAGUUUCGCCUUCUUUGGGAACUACAAGAUCAAUUAAAGCAUCAACAGGAGAGUCAGUUAAAGAAGAGAACAAAACUUCAAAUCCACCCUCUUCGAUAACAGUUUCUGUGGCACCAACAUCCAGCUCAAACCUAACUCUGGGACCUACAUAUGUAACCGCUGUCAAUUCUUCACACUCUGACAAUGGGACCAUGCAGACAGCAAGCACUAAUUUUGUAGGCACUACCAUUUCACCAAAUGGAACGUGGCUUCCAGAUAACCAGUUCACAGAUGCCAGAACAGAACCCUGGGAGGGGAAUUCCAGCACUGCAGCAACCACUCCAGAAACCUUCCCUCCUUCAGGUAAUUCUGACUCGGAGGACAGAAGAGAUGAGACUCCCAAUUAUCGCAGUGAUGGUGGCCCUGUCCUCUCUGCUAGUAAUCGUGUUUAUUAUCAUAGUUCUGUACAUGUUAAGGUGAGCAUUUUAAUGUUUCUGCAUUAUCUUUAGAUUCUGUUUUAACGCCCCAGUGUCUUGGUAAGUCCACAUAGUCCUGAAGACAGUAGGAUAAGGACAGUGAAUAGGUAAGACUCAUGAUAGUGCUGAGGUUAAAAUUCUACUUAGAAAUGGUUGAAAAAGCUCUACAUAGUCUUCCUUAAGCUCUAGCCCUUCCCCUUUGCUUCGCAUCUGUCCAAACCCAGUUUAACCCCAACUCAUUUUUCAACCUAAAAUCCAGAAUAGUGGGCUUAGAGGUUGGGAGAAGAAACCAAGUCUGAGUUAUUAGCAAAGGUGUUUCAGGAUCUUCAGCUCUAACCCUGUUGACAGCAGCCCCUGAAAGGGCCCCAGUGAGAUUACACACACAACAAAUCCUUUAUUUCUGGUUGGAACUUUGUCCCCAGACUCUCCAGGCAUGGCUAACUCCCUGGCCCUGGCAUGCUGAGCUGAGCCAUGGAAGAUCUAGGAUUCCUCUUUCUGACUUUCUUUCAGAGGUCUCCAGAUAUUACCCCUCAACACAGUGAGCAGGAGCAAGGGAAGGGAACCCAAGGGAGAGAGGAUGAUGGUGCAUUUGUUGUCUUCCUGCUGAUGAUACUGCCCUGACUGCCUGGGGUUAACUCUGCCUUAUUUGGCCUAACUUGCUCUGUGGUCCCUCUGUUUGCAGGAAUAAAGAGGGACCUUGUA